AUGUUUGGUGCUUGCAAGAAGCCCAUCACUUUGGAUGUAACUCCUAAGUUAUGCUACCCGGAACUUGUGCUCUUUGCUCAUCGCCAUUACAAAUCUUCUAAACUUGGUGGGUUCUCAAUCUUCUUUUCAAAACAAGAUGUAGAAAGGAGCAGUAAAUACUUGGGAGUUCCUAUCUUUUCUUACUGCGAGCUUCAAAAAGUCACAAAUAAUUUUGAUCCAUCAAAAGAACUUGGAGAGGGAGGAUUUGGAACUGUUUAUCGAGGCAAACUUGGAGAUGGGAGAGAAGUGGCCGUGAAGCGUUUAUAUGAGCGAAAUUGCAAGAGAAUGGAACAGUUUGUAAAUGAAAUAAAAAUCCUUACUCGGCUAAGGCACCGCAAUCUUGUAACUCUCUACGGUUGCUCCUCCAGAAACAGUAGCAGCCUCCUCCUCGUGUACGAAUACAUCCCCAACGGAACACUUGCGGAUCAUUUGCACGGUGAAAGAGCAAAACACAAAUCCCUCACAUGGCCUAUUCGCAUCAACAUUGCCAUCCAAACAGCGAACGCUUUGGCUUAUCUCCACGCUUCCGACAUAAUACACCGCGAUGUCAAGACUGCCAACAUUCUUCUCGACCACAACUUCGCUGUGAAAGUUGCAGAUUUCGGGCUUUCGAGACUGUUCCCCAUUGAUGUCACUCAUGUCUCCACUAUGCCUCAAGGGACGCCCGGUUACUUUGAUCCCGAGUACUACGAGUCUUAUAAGCUCACUGAUAGGAGUGAUGUUUAUAGUUUUGGAGUCGUGCUCGCGGAGCUCAUAUCGUCCAUGCCCGCGGUGGAUAUGGAUAGAGAUUCACAUGAGAUCAACCUGGCAAAUUAUGCUAUGAACAGGAUACUGGCCAGCACAUAUGAUGCUUUGGUUGAUCCAUCUUUGGGGUUCGGAACAGAUACCGAGGUUACGAGGAUGACAACCUCGGUGGCAGAGCUGGCAUUUCGAUGCUUGCAACCCAGAAAGGAUAUGAGGCCUACUAUGUUUGAUGUCCUUGAGACGCUGUUGGAGAUUCAAGGAGGUCAUGGGAUGAAAGACGAAAUUGGAUUUACAAAAUGCCCUCUUUCACCAGACACGGAAGAGAUUUUGUUGAAGACCAAAUUUCCAACGCUGCCAAAUUCUGUAACUGAUAAGUGGAUUUGCGGCACCAGUACAUCUUGCAAUAGUGUUUGA